AUGGCGUCUGAAGAGAGCUUCAAGAUGAAUUGUUCUUCAGUUUUAGACGAGGAGUACGAUGAUACAGAUGAUGGGUUUCAUUACCAGACAAGGCAAAGUAGUUUGUCUAGAUUAUCUAUCUGCACGAGCUCCUUUCACGACGACGAAGAAGACGAAGAAAAUUGCAUAAAUCAUCCUUCAGAUUUAGGUAAUUUCAUCUCUGAGCUUUCACUAGAGAGCUUCGACGACGACGACGUCGGAGCUGAAGCAGACGGAGAAAUCUCCGACGACGGUGAAGAUUCUGAUUCCGACAAGGAAUCUACCGGGUUUUACUCUCUUCCGACGAUCAUCUUUCGCCGGAGAAGAAAACUAUCUGAUUCGACCGGUUCAGAGACCGGUUUACAAACCAAUGGCAAUAAGUGUAAUUUAGUUAAGCAGAGAAGGGUAUUAAGGGAAAAGAGUAAAAGAGGAGGGAAUCAGUACGGUCACGGGUUUAACGGUGUGGAGAGAGUAAACAGUGACGGAGACGGAAACUGUUACAGUGGAGGAGGAGAAGAGUUAACGGUGUUAACGAAAGUCAAAGGAGGAAAAAAGUCAAUGAAGAUGGGAUUUGAAGAAGUGAAAGCUUGUAGAGAUCUCGGGUUUGAUUUGGAAAUUCCGGUUCGGGUUUUGGUAUCUACCGGGUCAAACCGGGAAACUCAGACUAGUAGUGGUGGUAACUCUCCGAUUGCUAAUUGGCGUAUAUCAAGUCCUGGAGAUGAUCCGAAGGAGGUUAAGGCAAGAUUGAAGAUGUGGGCACAAGCAGUUGCUUUAGCUUCUGCUUCACGUUAA